CCUCUCUGCGUUUAACCCCGCAGUCUCGUCGUCAACGAUACUUUUAACAACCGCGUAGCCGUGAAUGCUACGUCCCGUGGUUUUCGGCGACUUUAAAUCACUUUUAACGAUACAAGUUGCGCGGAGGAAAGUUUUGAAUGGAGGCUCCCCGCUCAGCGCCAUAAGCGGGCUUGUGAAGCGGGAGGAAGGGGGCAGUGUGCGGGGUCGUCCCGGCUAUCGGAUCUGGGAUCUGCCUUCUGCCUUUAUAAUCAGACAGACGGCGGCUUGUCGAGGGCAGAGCUGGACGCGCUCACCGAGGACGAGGAGCGUCAAACUUUUCAUUUUUCGUCCGGAGUAAACAGUCCGGGAAAGUUGGGACUAGCGCUUCAGCCUUGGUCUGGAUUAAUGUGAGAGUUUCUGCUGUCAGACUGCGAACUGCUGGACAGUAAUAUUUCAUUCUCUUUUGUGGACUGCUGUGAUUUUGGCUGCAACCUUUGAGUAAGCUACUUGUAACUCUUUUUCUUUAUUUAAAAAAAAGACAAAAACUUUCAGAAUGGAUAAAUACGAAGAUUUGGGUCUAGAGGCAAGUAAAUUUAUCGAGGAUCUGAACAUGUAUGAAGCCUCCAGAGAUGGUUUGUUUCGAAUGAAGAGGGAUGCAGGUAACAAUCCCGACUUUGAAGAGACCAGGAGAGUGUUUGCCUCUAAAAUGACUAAGAUCCACAUACAGAAGCAGCAAGAGGAGAUGGCAAAAAACAACCUGGCCAUGAAAAUGAACGGGGGUCAUAACAACACGUAUUAUACUAAGGACAGGCCGCCGAUCAACAGCUACAGACAGCCGGGCGAAGCGGCAGCAAAACCCCCCAUACUGUCUGGCCCUGUCCCGGGUCAGUACGCACAGUAUGACGGCCAGAAGCACCACACAGGCAUCCAGUCUGAACUUCCAGCCGGCAGGACAUACGGCUACGGAAACAAUUACGAUAAUAAGGAGCGCCUUGAGCCACAUUCAUAUCCACACCACACCCCGGCUCCCCCCAGCCCAGGAAGCACGUCUCACAGCGCGCCCACACAUGCGGGUCACCCAGUCAGCCCCUCGGCCUCUUGGGCCCCCUCCAGGGAGAGCCAGUUUUCCCCCUCACUGCCUGGAACAGUCUCUGCCCCUCAGCAGCAGCCACAGCGCCAGCCUGCAUCUCCUUCCAGCCACAGUCUUCCAUCUCCGAGUCCUGGUUCUCAGCAGAACCCGGCUGUCACCCCACCAGUGAGGCGGAGUCCACCGUCCUCUGCCGGGCCAUCCAGGGGAUGGGCUGGAGAGGCUUCCGGCCCAGCCAAACCAGACCUCAUCCCUGCCCUGCCUCUGAGUGCCUUCACUGGUGGAGCUGACAUCCAUGUGCAGCAGCCCUCUUCCCAGCCUGCUCCUGCUGUCCACCACUCACCACCCUCUACAACCUCCAGACCCUCUGCCACCCAGUCAGACACCCAUCAGAAUGGCCUUGCUCCUGCAGUCCCCUCACCUGUUCUCCCUUCACCGCCUCCUGAAUCAGCUCAGGUCAGACCUCAAGGCCCUGGCAGUGUCUCUAAAACUAUCAGCCCGGGUCCAGCAUCCACCCCUGGACAGGCUUGUGCUGAACCUGAGGGUCCCUGCUCCAACAAGCCUGUCAAACUGCCCUGCCAGUCUCUGCACGUACAGCCUCCUGAGCAGGGACCUUCUGCAGCUGAAUUAAAAUUAGAAGCCAUCACUAAGCGACUGGAAAAAGAGAUGGAUGCCCAGCCAAAAGCUGACUACUUUGGGAUCUGUGUGAAGUGUAACAAGGCAGUAUAUGGAGCCAACCAGGCCUGCCAGGCUAUGGGUAGCCUCUACCAUGACAACUGUUUCACCUGCAGUGCCUGCAGUCGAAGGCUGAGGGGGAAGGCGUUCUACUAUGUUGGAGGAAAGGUGUUCUGCGAAGAGGACUUUCUGUACUCUGGUUUCCAGCAGUCUGCCGACAAGUGCAACGCCUGUGGACAUCUGAUCAUGGAUAUGAUCCUGCAGGCCCUCGGGAAGUCGUACCACCCCGGCUGCUUCCGCUGUGUCAUUUGUAAUGAGAGCCUUGAUGGAGUGCCUUUCACUGUGGACACUGAAAAUAAGAUCUACUGUGUCAAAGACUACCACAGGGUCUUGGCCCCUAAAUGUGCAGCCUGUAACCAGCCCAUCCUGCCCUCAGAGGGGUCUGAUGAAACCAUUCGAGUUGUAUCCAUGGACAAAGACUAUCAUGUGGAAUGCUAUCACUGUGAGGAUUGUAAGAUGGAGCUGAACGAUGAGGAGGGUCACCGCUGCUACCCUCUGAAUGGUCACCUUCUCUGCCACUCCUGCCACCUGAAGCACAUCCAGCCCGGCAGCUCCUCACCCAUCACCACCGCCUCCUUCCAGCACUAGUUGUAGGUAGAGGGCGCCACCUUGUGGAAAACUGAAGGAAAGGCCAGACAUUGACUUGGGAACAGACAGAGAAAUUCUUGUUGUAGAGAAACUGAUUGAUGUGUGUGUGGUAUGACCUAUAUUUUGACAGGAAUUUUAGCAGUCUCCAAUUAUGCAAGGUAUCAUUAUACCCAAAAAAGGUGUAGAACCAAAUGAAAUAAUGCACCAAAGCCCCAUUUUGAAUGCAGUGAACAUUGCAUUAUGCCCACUGAACACUGACUUUGCAGAAAACUCGCCCUAUGAUUUUUUUGUGUAAAUAUCAGUUGCAUUGGCUUUGUAAAUAUCUUAAUUCUAAACUCAUUUUAGACUCUGUGCCUCGACUUCAGUUUCAGUUUGCCGUUACACUUCACAAAUGCAGAUGGUGCGCUCACAUAUUUAAGUGAUCUGUGAGCGCACAAUUUAAAAUAUGUGUAUAGCCUACGUAGUCUACUCAGAGGUUCCAGUAAAUGAAAUUAUGUGAAUUCCAUUGUGGGAUAUGACACAAAACACAGGUACCAUACAUCGAUGGCUUGCUGGCUCACUAAUGAAGCUGCUUGAAACCAAAACCUUUUUUUUUCUUUUUUGAAGUGUGAAAUACACUGACUCCCACAAAGCACAUAAGGCCAACAUUGUUAUUUGUUUCUUAUAUGUAAUAAUGCCAUAAGUUAUUUCAAAUACAAACUUUAGAAUACAUUAAAUUAGUAUACUUGAACCAGAAAAUGUCACUCUCUUGUCGUGAUGGCACAGUGGGUGAGAGUUUGCCAGCCUCCGCCUUGUUUAUGCCACCAUGUGCGAAGGACUGGUAGUUCCACUCUCAUGCAUACAAAUCAGUAUUUUGAUUUUGUUAUGUCAGCGGGAAUGCGGGAAAUAGAUAAAUUAUGUAUUUCUGUAGUUAAAGAACUACUAUCUUUUUGUCACACAAAGUGUGUUCUUUCCAGCACUUAUGAAGACUGCAAGAUGUAUGAGUUUCUUGGGCAAGCGUAAAGAAGUUUACCAAACAUAUGACAGUGUACCUCUACUGGUAUUGCGCCCGUAGAUCUAUAUAUUUUGUUGAAGUUUUGAAAUAACACAUUUGCAAACAUGUAUUUAAAAAAAAAAAAGUAUUAUAGGCCUACAUUUACUUAUUUUUGAGGUAUUUCGAUUUUUGUGAAUAACCCCUUGAACACUAAUUUGUUUUGAAGUGUAAAGUGUACAUGUCUGGUUCAAAUUGUAUUCAUGCCCUGUAAGUUUACUAAAAUAAUUGAAGGAAGAUGUGCUGCAGAGCAAUUCAUAGCCAGAUGUAGAUUAGGAUAACAAGCCAACGUAUACAU